AAAUAUUCUUCCUGUCGCAUCUGAAUUGGUGAAUAAAAAAUCACACACACAACAUGAAAUGAAAAAUAUACAUAUGAAUUAAGUACAAUUUUUAAAAGAUUUAUUCUUGUUUCAGGAGAAAUAUGAUAGCAAACUAGGAUUCCAUGAGGCGACAGCUGUUGACAAUUUAAAUAAUGAAUUUGGGUAUUCAUUUUGUCAAUACAGAGAACACGUAUAUACAUACUUUUCUACAGACAACAUUCAAGUUGAAAUUCUCAAGAAGGUAAAUUGCGAUGGAAGUGAGGUCACAAAUGACUGGCCAUGGCAGACUGAACCGGCAUACACAGUUUAUCCACUUAUUUGCAUGUAUGAGUUCAAUGCGACCGGUGAGUUCUUUUAUUGUAAAAGAGACGACAAAGCCAUACCACAGUCGAUGAUGUGUAUAUAUGCCGUAGAUGCCAGUGGUUACAUGACUGGAUGCAGAUCUGGAGACCAUUUACAACAUUGCGAAAAUUUCACUUGUCCAGCAAAUACAGUCAAAUGUCCAGGAAGUUAUUGUAUUGAACAACGAUUUCUUUGUGACGGACAGAAUGAAUGUCCUGGAGGAGAAGAUGAACAAGACUGUACUUGUGAGGACUCGGAUAGAGAAGUAAUCUUAUUUGUGGAAGAUGAAGACUCUGAGAGCAGGGAAGCAGCAAUGUAUUUAGCAAAACAAUUUUUUACAAACAGUGAGAAUAACACCGUUAAAUUGUUUUAUUUUAAGAUCCUUCAUAGCAAAAUAAAGUUCGAUAUUGAGUACAGGUUAUUGGAAAUAAAGGUAGAACGUGUUACCCGAGAACAGGAAACAGUGGAAACUGGAUGCAAGUUUAAAACAAUGGCAAGAGACUUUCUUAAACAACUGAAGUUUACCAAGCUAGAAAAAAGAGCGAUUAUUGUACUGGAAAACAGUAUUGAAUCAUCUGUUGUCGCUAAUUUAGUAUUAUCCAAUAUUUCAGAGCCAUCGUUUUCAAUAUAUCGGGUGAUAAAAGAUUUCAGUUCUUCAGUAUAUAAAGAUAACAGAUACAAAUUUGUAAAGGAUAUACAUAUCAGUAAAUGGAGUUCUCUAUUUUUGAUUGGUUUUAGACGAUUUCCAGAAAUAUGUUCAGAGGCAACAAUCGUACCAUGUGAUGGAAAGUACAGAUGUUCAUCUAGUAAGCAAUGUAUACCAUUUGAACAAGUAUGUGAUGAUGUCAUUCAUUGCAGAAAUGGUGAUGAUGAACGACUUUGUGAUUCUGUAUGUCCGGAGAAAUGUAAAUGUACGGGUGAUGUAAUCAAUUGUCAUGCAGCCGACAUAUCAAUGUCUGAUAUUUCUUCGUUGACUGUACAGGCUAGAAGUCUUGAUCUAAGUAAAAAUUCAAAAAUUAAAAUAAUACCUAAACACAAUUUAAGUUUUCCUUUUAUGUUUCGACUUAAUAUUUCAUCAUGUGACAUUCAUUAUAUUGAGGAAAGGGCUUUCUUUGACUUGAUAAACUUGUUAUCGUUAGAUCUUAGCAACAAUAGAAUACAGCGAUUACCCGAUAUGGUAUUUAGCAAGCUUUACUAUCUAACCUAUUUGAAUCUGGACAAAAAUAUAGAAUUAACAAAGAUUUCAUCAACUGCUUUUCAAGGUUUGGAAUCAGUAAGAAGCUUAAAAAUUUCCGGCACAAAUCUGAAAAAAAUAAGUUCACUUACCUUCUCUGGCUUGCAGUUGGACAGUAUCGACAUUUCUUUCAACAAAAUAGAAGAAAUUGAAGAUUUUGCGUUCAACAACUCGCUUGUUCAUAAAAUUAACUUUGAAGGCAAUAAAGUUAUAAAAUUCGGAAAAUUUAUAUUUAACGGCGUCACAUCACUUCGUGAGCUUCAUACACCUGCAUUUAAAUUUUGCUGUAUCCGACCUUGUUAUCUCCCUGAAGAAGACUGCAAACCAUUGAAGAAUGAGUUUUCCUCAUGUGAAGACCUGAUGAGAAACUCUGUACUUCAAGCAGUCCUUUGGAUAGUUGGGUUGGCUUCAUUGUUAGGAAACCUAUCGUCAAUUAUCUACCGUCUUGUGUACGAUCGUGAAAGGCUAAAAUUAGGUUAUGGCAUAUUUGUAACUAACCUUGCAGUUGCAGAUUUUCUGAUGGGUGUUUACCUCAUCAUGAUAGCAGUUGCUGAUUCACUUUAUAGAAACAGAUAUAUUUUUGUGGACGAUGAAUGGAGAAACAGUAAUUGGUGUAAUACUGCCGGAGUUUUGUCUACAAUUUCAUCUGAGGCUAGCGUCCUCUUUCUUUGCUUGAUAACUUUAGAUAGACUUUUAGUGAUCAAGUUUCCGUUUGGAACUGUGAGGUUUGGACCUAUGAAGGCCUAUAUCUCUUGUGCACUGUGUUGGUUCAUUUCCAUCAUCCUAUCGGUCAUUCCAAUUCUUUACACAAGUCAUUUCCAAAACAAAUUCUACUCUAAAACAGGGGUUUGUAUUGCAUUGCCUUUAACACGAGAUAAACAUCCAGGGUGGAUUUAUUCUGUGUCAAUUUUUGUCGGCCUGAAUUUUUGUACUUUCAUUCUUGUUGCCGUAGGACAAAUCUCAAUAUUCACUGAACUUCGACGAUCAACAUCAGCUUUGAAGAAGACACAAAUAUCAAGAAGACGUGACUUAAAAGUUGCAAGAAAUCUUAUACUGGUUGCAACAACUGAUUUCCUGUGUUGGUUUCCGAUAGGUGUGAUGGGUAUUUUAGCCUUGAACGGAUUUCUGAUUCCAAGUGAUGUUUAUGCAUGGUCAGCUGUUUUCAUUUUACCAAUAAACUCUGCUCUUAACCCAUUUUUGUAUACAGUGACAGCAAUAAUCGGGAAGAAGAGUUUUAAUCCAAGCCUUGAUGAGCAGAGUCGAACAGCGGCCCAGAAAGAAAUUGGUAGCGCCAUUUUAGAAUACCAGCAAUUUAGCAGAUCUGUGCGGAUGAUAAGUGAACUUGUACCAGUUGGGACGAAACGUAGUAUUCAAGAGAUUCUUAAUGAUGACAGUUGCUUGUCAGUCAAUAUUGUUGUGGCUGUGUGCAAACAACUUGCCGAUUAUCUCCGUCUAUUCCAUGAGAGUUUUAUUGCUAUAGAUCAGAUUUGUGAGGAAAACAUUUACAUAACGGAGUAUAAAAGAAAGGUUACCAAACCAAUUGUUGUAAUCGAUGCCAAAGCGUCAUUAGCUGCUGAUGAAAGAGCUCUACAGGAAAAUAUUCGCCAAUUUGGUAGCAUUCUGCAAAAACUUAUCUUAAAAUAUGAAAAGGGUUUAAAGUAAAGAGUAGUAUUCAAUGGAAAGAAGUUGUCUCUGUUACGAGGCAUAUGUACAGACAAAAAUAAGUGUUGGAGCACCAUACUUAAUACCGUAUUCCGGUAUAUACUUUGUAAUUAUGAAUUCUGCAAGCGUUUAGAGGUACUGCGUACUGCUUCUACACUGUACACAGUAUAGACAUUUUAUUCGUACUGGAUGAUGUGAAUAAGAAAUUCAAAUUACUUGACUGUUUUUUCUGUAUAUAGAUAUUUUAAAUUCCAUGUGACGUACUGUUUUUGUUUUAGAUAUCUUUGUAAAUAAACGUUAAUUGUACUGUCAUUAUGUCAUAAAAAUUUCAUACUGUGUCAGAUUACAGUCGGAACAACUCGGCUUUUAUUUCAAAUAAUCUAGGACUUAAUACGGAUUGAAAUAACAAAAUGUAGUUCUUCAACGUGGGUUAAGAUGUAAUAAAAAAAACAAAGGGUGCAAUCUUUGAUAAUAUGUUACAAAUUGUCAUACCUAACAUCCACAGGAAUAUAAAGUAUAUUGAGGUAAAAUAAAUAUUGAAAAUACAAUGUAUGUCUUUCAAUCAUAAUUAAUUUAAAAAUGCCAACUGAAAACCAAACACAAAUUCAUGUCAACAGGUUUCAACAACCAUCAUAAUAAGUAUAUGAAAAAUGUACUGCUUACUUUUAUAUCUAUGAAUUUACUUUAUAUUAGUGAACUUUUACUCGAUAUAUUUGGAAAAAAAUAAGUCAAAUCUCUUAGCAUUAAAUUACUAUUUACUUAGCGUAGGUAAGACCAAAAUACCUUAUCCGUUCUGUGCAGUUCGAAGUUCUUAUCCGAAGUUUGACAGGAAGGGCCGUAAAGUUACAAUUGUGUAAAAUCAUUGCUGUCUUAAAUAAGUUUGUUGUUCCAUUGUUGUUGCUAGUUUGUCAUUUUUAACAAUAUGUUUACUUAUUCAAUAUUCAUAACAUCGUAUAAAAAUCAAUAAUGUUAACCAUAGGAUACGUUACCGCUGUUAAAAAAAUAUAUGCAUUAAAUGUGUUUACUUUGUCAAUGAUGUUGUAAUUUUUUAAUCAUUUUUUUUCCUGAUGUUGUUUAAAUUCAAUUGAAUCAUUUGUAAUUUUAUGAAUAUUAUUAAACUUAUUGUGUAGAAUGUUGUCAUCACAGUAUCAAUGUUGUUUAUUGUGACAUUACUGUAUAUUUUUCUUAUAAUUUUCGAUGUUAUUAUCCGAAGUUUGACGGAAAGGGCCAAGAAGAUGAGAUUGUGUCAAAGCAUCGUUUUACAUGUUCUUAUUAGUGUUGUAUCUGUUUUUGUGAGGAGGAGGGUAGGCAUUAUGAUUAAGGUUUUGCCUCACAAUCCUGUCAUCAUUUGUUCGAGUCCUACUCGGGUGAUAUCAAUGUACCCCUUGUAAAAUCAGUACAAAUUAGUAAGUUCAAUAAGGAUUAUAAAACUGAUAACGAAAGAGCUCUAUAAAGGAAAAUAUCCUAUAAUUUGGAAACUUAUUUCGAAAUAUGAUAAAGAUUAUGUGUGGUACACAAAAAGUUACAAUACAAAAUGCAGACUUUUAGUUAUAUAUAUUGUUUAUAUCAUAUAUGCAUGUAGUGAUUUUUUAUUGUCAGCAUCUUUAUACGUAUACAUUCAAGUUAUUGUCAAGAUAUCAGUGUCAAAUCAUAGUUUUGAUGUUUGUGGAUAAAACGCCUUACGCUGUAGUUUCUUUUUUAUGCCAUAGUUUAUUGUAAAUAAAGUUAACUUUAUUUGUUUAGAUUAUAAAUAUUGUUGUUUUCAUAGAUACUCGUCAUGGUACCUUUAAGUGGGAUUAAUACGCUUUUUCUUGCUAGACAUGUUUGUUAGUAAUAAGUCAUUCUUGUUUCAGUUUAAAGUGGAAAAUGUACGUUGAUGGACAUUCAAUAAAGGCCCAUUAUGCCUUAGAAACUCUUUUAUUUUAUUUUACAAAAACCUUUUAAUGUUAGUACACUUUUAUAAUAGUAUCCCAAAAGGUACUCAUUAGCAUUUUACCUGAACCAGUUUUUUAGUAUUUUGCUUGUUGGCAGUAAGUUCAGUUAGAGUAAAUCGGUAUUUUGUAUAUAAUUCAAAUACUUGUAUACAAUACUUUGUGAAAAGUUUGCUACUUUUAUGACAAAUUAUUUCACGUUAUUGGCUAAUAUUCUCUAAAACCAUUAUCUUAACAUCAUAAAGUUCAUGUUUUCCCUUUCUAAAGAAUUACUAAAAAUGUGUAUAGGAAAAGAACAAUGAAGAGAUACCCUCGAAUGCUUUACAAUACUAGUUGUAAAACUGAUUGCCUCUGCUUCAGACUCCAUAUUUUUUUUAUUCACAAAAGCGAAUUCGAUGGGUUUUUUUUAUAGAUUUUGUGUUGUUUGUUUGUGUUGUUUUGUUGGUGUGGGAGUAUGUCUUCGGUCUGUUCAAAUUGUUUAUUUCAAGGUGAUUGAGUGCAUUUAUGUGCAAAGGAACAUAUGUGUUGUAGAAAGAUCUUUAGGAUCAAUUUUUUCGCAUAUUUCUAUUUGAAUUGAUAAAAACAUCUUGAUAUAACAGUGGUGACAGAGUUUUAUAAUAUUUUUUUAAAAUUGCCCGAUAUUAAUAUCAUUUUUAAAUAGUGUUUGUUUUUAAUGUUUUAACCGGCACAAAAUGCCGUGUGUUGUAUUUUAGUCAAUAAUUAAUAUAACAAAUUUAUUCAUAAUACCAGGUAACUGUUGACUUAAUAAGGAAGUAAUGUUUAGUCAAAUGAUCUUUAAAGACACAAUAUGCCCUGAAAUAAAAAAAAAAUAACAUGUAAUUAAAGAUUAAAUAUUGUCUAAUAAUGGUUUAAUAAUAAAUUUCAACAUGUUAGAUGUUAAGAAACUUAAAAAAGUAUCGCUUAAUGUGCAGUUAUAUGCCGAUGAUAUAGUAAAAUGUAAACAAAGUAGUAUUAUGACUUCCAUAAAAAAUACUCAAAUAUUCACUAUAAUUGUACCCAUUUCCAAAGAGCAAUGGAAUCAAAAGAUUGUUCUUCUAAAUAGCCAUUUAGUAAAUAUUUUCGAAACGUAAAACAAAUAUCAUAAAAUAAAAAAGUUUUUCAGAAAAAAAAUGAUAGCAUUUCAGAGACCUUAUGGGCCUUUCAACGUCUCUUCAAUUGAUCAAAUUGGCAAAUUCGAAUUGGUAUCAACAAUAAAUAUCCAACGGGAAUUCUGACCGUAAAAUUAAUUUCAUAUAUACAUAUAUCUAUACAAUACAGAAUUGAUGCGAUAAAAUAUACCAUCAAGAGUUUUUAGGUUACCAUGCUAAAACAAUAUAUAUACAAAACAUACUGUACUUGUAUCAUGUUUAUUGCUAAGAAUCUAUGUAGUCAUUUCAGUGUAUUAAAUAUUGUACGCAAA